AUGGCAAGUAACGAAUCUAUCUUAUCUAGAACUACGAAUGUCUUGUGGAACUUUCCAAAUGAGACAUCAGCGCUGAGAAGCUUGAUUACCUACGAGCAAUAUAUUAUGAUUAUGGAAUUAAGUGCUAAUUUUGGAACGGUUUUUGCAGGAGUGGGCGUCAUUGCAAAUCUAAUCAACAUAAAAACAUUUAUAGCCAUGGGUUUGACUGAUGGUGUUAUUAUGUCUUUCUUUGCGCUGGCUCUUUUUGACCUGGCUUAUCUGAUAUCUGCCCUGUGUCUGGGUAUUGCUGUUAUCUUUUACAUUAAAGAACUGAAAUUCUCCAUUCAUUUCCCAAUAGAACCUUAUGGUAUAUUUAUGUUUUUCGGUACUUGCAUGAUAUUCAUCAGCGUGGCCAAUGUACUAACCACAACCUUUUUAGCUGUUGCUCGCUGUAUGUGUGUGUCCAGACCACUCCAGUUUAAACAUAUGUUUACUAGACAAAGAGCGGUUACCAUUAUGAUAAUUUUUGCCAUAUUCUCUGUUGUUAUCUACCUACCCAUUCUAGUCAACAUGGGAAUGGUGCAAAAGUUUGACAGAAAGUUCAACUUAUCACGACCAUCACUGUGGAUCUCCCCACAAAGGAAGUUUAUUAAAGAGAUCGUGUGGAUGAUAAUCGACAUGAUCUUCCCCAUAUUAACGCAGGUGAUCAUUUUUGUAUGUGUGGUCAUUAUGAUCAACAGUCUACAAGCAGCGUCCAAAUUCCGUCAGUCUUCUGCUUCUGUUUCUAGGAAGCUGUUUAACAAAGAUGAAACAUGUAAAAAUGAUUAUUCUAAGGAUUCUGGCAACAUGGCUGAGAAAUUAACCAGAAAAGAUCUCAUGGUGAUUCAGCAAGUAGUUCUUAUCUCCGUUGCGUAUAUAAUUUGCAACACUCCAAAAAUCAUCAUAGGCUUUGGCACUGUAACUGUGCCUGCAUUUUCAUUAGAAGGAGCCUAUUCAAAGCUUUACAUGAGCUCGAAUGGUCUCAGAAAACAUUUUGAAGAGUUCAAUGCAGCAAUUAAUCUGCUGAUAUACUACAAGUACAACACGAAAUUCCGAUCAACGAUGCGAUUAACGUGCCCAUUCAUGGGACCAACAAGUGUAGAAGACUAG